CUCAGUCUCCGCCCCAAUUGUUAUCCCUAAUCAGUCGUCUCACCUUCCCCUGCAGACCGAGCGCUAGCUCUCAUUUAGCAGCAGCAGAGUAAAGAAACAUAAUCCGCUCACCCACCACCCUUCCCCUCUCUCUAUCCUAUCUUUUGUUUUCUUUCUUUUUGCUUUCGGGGAGUAGGAGUAGUUUCGUUCAUUUUCAAAAUUUGUUGAAAUUUGAGAGCAGGGGAGUUAUAGUUAUGAAAAUCGGCAACGUCCUCUCACCUCCUCCUGCUUCUCUAAGAGCUGCUGCUGCUGCUGCUGCCCACUGUAGAUACCCAUACGGACCAUGGCCACACCACCCCAUCCUUGCUGUUUCUCACAAUCACAUCACAGCUUUUAUGCAGCAGCAGCAGCUACCGGCCCGUCAUGACAAAAUGGAAAACCGCCUCCCGCUCUCGCCUCAUCACAUUCUUCACACAGGUUGCAGGAAUGCCAAGGUUUCUCGGUUAAAGGCUGCCUUUUGGGAAUCAAUCAGAUCCGGGUUUAUGAAAAAUAAUACUAUUCAGGUUACGGAAUCACCAUCCACCAUUCAAGAAGAGGAAGAAAUGUUGCCUGACGAGUUUGUUCUUGUUGAAAAAACCCUACCUGAUGGAGUGGUUGAACAGAUCGUGUAUUCUUCAGGUGGAGAUGUUGAUGUCUAUGAUCUCCAAGCUCUGUGCGAUAAGGUUGGUUGGCCCCGGAGACCAUUGUCAAAGCUAGCUGCUGCUCUAAGAAACAGCUACACAGUAGCAGCAUUGCAUUCCAUAAGGAAAUCUGCCGGAGAAGAAGGGAGUGCCGACAAGAAGCUCAUAGGCAUGGCCAGGGCUACGUCAGAUCAUGCUUUCAAUGCAACAAUUUGGGAUGUUCUUGUUGAUCCUUCCUAUCAGGGUCAGGGACUUGGAAAAGCUCUUAUCGAAAAGCUUAUUAGGACUCUUCUGCAGAGGGACAUUGGAAAUAUAACACUCUUUGCGGAUAGUCAAGUGGUGGAAUUCUAUGAAAAUUUAGGUUUUGAGGCAGACCCAGAAGGCAUCAAAGGCAUGUUUUGGUACCCCAGGUAUUAAUUCGAGUCAAGCAACACUCGCAUAGCUCAUAGCGUCUUCAACAUGUGAUGGUUGACUAGGUCUUUCUGGAUGCAAAUGUAUACUAGAAAACCGAUAUUUGUGAUCACAAUUGAUCGGUUUAUGAUCCUUUGCUUCCCAAUUCUUAAUGCAAGUUGUUUGAGCCUCUUGCAGUUUAGCAUGUUUAAGCGUUGAUAACAUCAUGAAAUUGCAACACUCUUUUAAUGAUUUCCUUGGAAAUUGGGGUGACAAGGUUAUAUUGUGGUAAUUAAGAAGUGUUGCUUGUAGUGGAUGUAUUUUUAGGUUAGACCAAGUGAGGAUGCUGUUGGAAUACAAAAAUUAGGAUGAUUGCG